AUGCCCAUGGCCUGUUUGCGUUUAUGCCCAGCCAAAACCACUGCUUUUCCUGCAUGCCAGAUAUUGGGGUUGGACAUAUGCGCGGACACCAUCGUCGGUGACCAGAUGCAGAGGGGCAUAUCUGGUGGCCAGAAGAAGCGUGUCACCACCGGAGAAAUGAUUGUCGGUCCGACAAAGGUGCUAUUCAUGGAUGAGAUAUCAACUGGGUUGGACAGCUCCACCACCUUCCAGAUUGUCAAAUGUCUGCAGCAGAUUGUGCACUUGGGCGAGGCCACCAUCCUCAUGUCCCUCCUCCAGCCAGCCCCUGAGACCUUUGAACUAUUUGAUGAUAUCAUCCUCCUGUCAGAAGGCCAGAUUGUUUAUCAGGGACCCCGUGAUUAUGUCCUUGAAUUCUUUGAGUCAUGUGGCUUUCACUGCCCAGAGCGCAAGGGCACCGCAGACUUUCUUCAGGAGGUCACAUCAAAGAAGGAUCAGGAGCAGUACUGGGCUGACAGGCAGAGGCCGUACCGAUAUAUUUCAGUCUCGGAAUUUGCCCAGAGGUUUAAGAGGUAUCAUGUUGGGCUACAACUCGAGAACCAUCUCUCGGUGCCAUUUGACAAGAGCCGCAGACAUCAAGCUGCCCUUGUCUUCUCCAAGCACUCGGUGUCAACUCAAGAGCUCCUCAAGGUAUCCUUUGAGAAGGAGUGGCUCCUCAUAAAGCGCAAUUCGUUUUUUUACAUCUUCAAGACCAUACAGCUCAUCAUUGUAGCCCUUAUCGCGUCAACGGUAUUUCUAAGGACCCAGAUGCACACAACGAAUUUGGACGAUGGUUUUGUCUACAUUGGAGCAUUGAUUUUUACUCUGGUUGUGAACAUGUUCAAUGGUUUUGCUGAGCUCUCUUUGACCAUCACAAGGUUGCCUGUCUUCUACAAGCACCGGGACCUCCUCUUCUACCCUGCUUGGAUAUUCACACUACCGAAUGUCGUUCUCACAAUCCCAUUUUCAAUUAUCGAAACCACAGUCUGGGUGGUUGUCACAUACUACACUAUGGGAUUUGCCCCAGAAGCUGACAGGUUUUUCAAGCAGUUGCUACUUGUGUUCUUGAUCCAGCAGAUGGCUGCUGGGCUUUUCAGAGCAAUUGCUGCACUGUGCAGAUCCAUGAUCAUUGCUCAAACCGGAGGAGCCUUGUUCCUUCUCUUCUUCUUUUCCCUUGGAGGCUUUCUUCUGCCAAAAGACUUCAUCCCAAAAUGGUGGACCUGGGGUUAUUGGAUUUCACCGCUGGUGUAUGGAUAUAAUGCUCUAGUAGUGAAUGAAUUCUAUGCUACUCGAUGGAUGGACAAGUUUGUAACGGACAAGAAUGGUGUUUCCAAAAGACUAGGUAUAGCUAUUCUAGAAGGCACAAACAUCUUUACUGACAAAAACUGGUUCUGGAUUGGAGCAGCAGGGCUGUUAGGUUUCACAAUCUUCUUCAAUGUGCUCUUCACUAUGUCCCUCACGUAUCUGAAUCCCUUGGGCCAACCACAAGCUGUUAUAUCUGAAGAAACUGCAAAGGAAGCAGAAGGCAAUGGCCUCCCAAGAGAGGCAGUUAGCAAUGAUAGUACAAGAAGAAAUGGCAGGAUGAAAUCGAAGGAUCGUUCCAGUAAUAAGGAAAUGGGUGAGAUGAGACCUAUGACUUGUUUGGGCAAUAGUUCAUCAAAUGCGAUUUCACGUCAAGUCCGUUGGCAGAAAUGA